GUUGUCCAUGAUCCGUCUGGUGACACAUACGAGGGAGAGUGGAGAGGAGGCUUGUUCUCGGGCAUUGGCAUGUAUCACUUCGCCAACGGAAGCAUGUUCGAGGGCAUCUUUCGGCUCGACUGCCCUCAGAGUGGCAUCUUCCGAGAGUCUGACGGAAAGCAGUAUGAAGUGCAACUACCUUGCGACCAGCUACAAGGGCAUCACAAGCUUGAAUCCACUGACUGCAUGUACGAUGGCGAAUGGAAUGAAGGUCGAUGGGACGGCUUUGGGCGGUGGGCUCACGCCAAGAUGGGCGCCUAUGUUGGGCAAUGGUCUGCUGGGCUGUUCCAUGGGAAAGGAUCAUAUAAAUACCCUGAUGGCGAGAAGUAUGAGGGAGAAUGGGUGUCGGGGAAGCAACACGGGAAGGGGAAGCAAUUUUUCUCGCAAGUUGGGAUGUACGAGGGAGAGUUCGAGUUGGGACAACUACAAGGGAUGGGCAACUUCAGG